AAACCUACAGCCACAGAGGAAUGGAUGGGACACAAAUGAAGAAAGCGGUGGAUGACAAGAAGGAGAAGACACAGGAGGAGAUGGUGCACCUCAGGAGAAAGAUCGGCUUGCUGCCUGCUGUGUCCUUCAUCAUUGGUUCAGUGGUGGGCAGUGGGAUCUUUAUCGCACCCAAGGGAGUCCUGGUGAACAGUGGCAGUGUGGGGCUCUCUUUGCUCGUGUGGGUUCUGAGUGGAGUCCUUUCAAUGUUUGGGGCUUUGUGCUAUGCUGAACUGGGCACCAGUUUUACAAAAUCAGGGGCCCACUACACGUAUCUACUGGAGACACUGGGGCCACUGCCUGCCUUCUUACGACUCUGGGUGGAGUUAUUCAUCUGGCCGGCUUCAGCUUCUUAUGUAUCACUGGCUUUUGGCCGCUAUGUGGUGGAGCCGUUCUUUGCACCUUGUCCUGCUCCUACAGUCCUAAUCAAGCUGGUCAGCAUCUUCGCUGUCACAUUUGUUGUGGCAGUCAACUGCUGGAGUGUGACAAUGGCCUCUCGCACUCAGGUCACCUUGACUUUCAUUAAGAUGCUUGCCCUGGGGCUCAUCAUCAUCCCUGGUGUCAUUGCUUUGAGCAAAGGAAAGACAGAGAAUUUCCAGAAAGGCUUUGAAAUUGAUUCAUUAACACUGGAUAAGUUGCCACUGGCCUUUUAUAAUGGUCUAUAUGCCUACAGUGGAUGGUUUAAUCUGAACUAUGUCACAGAAGAAGUCAUAAACCCAAAUAGAAACAUCCCACUAGCAAUAAUCUGCUCCAUGGUGACAGUGACAGUUUUUUAUGUGCUUGUUAAUGUGGCCUACUACACCAUGAUAUCUCCUGCUGAGCUGCUGCUGUCUGAUGCCGUGGCUGUGACGUUUGCCAACCGCACUCUCCAGGGACUGGCUGCUGUGAUUCCCGUUCUCGUGGCUUUAUCCUGCCUUGGAACACUUAAUGGUGGCUUCUUUGGAACACCCAGGAUGCUGUUUGUAGGAGCCAGGGAGGGCCACUGGCCACCAAUCUUUUCCAUGAUUCACAUUCACAGACAUACACCUUUGCCUGCUGUGCUAUUACUGUACCCCUUGACUGUGUUCAUUGUGAUCGUUGGAGAGAUCUACCAGCUCAUCAACAUUGUUUCCUUUGCUCACUGGUUUUUCAUGGCCUUGGCAACCUUGGGGAUGCUCAUCCAUCGGUACCGCUUCCCCCUCCACCCAAGACCUUUCAAAGUGCCUGUGGCCAUCACAUUCAUCUUUACAGUGGUUUGCUUCUUCAUCGUGGGUAUGUCUCUGUAUUCAGACCCCUGGAACACAGGGAUAAGCUGUGCUCUCACACUGACUGGAGUCCCAGUUUAUUAUUUGACUGUCCACCGCUUCCGCCUGCCCCACAGGUGGAGACACAUCUUCAACUACUGCAGCUUAGAGCUGCAGCUCCUUCUAGAAGUGGUUCAACAGGAAGUCCAGACAUACUGAAGAACCCAAAGACAUCCUGC